AUGGCAUCCGGCAAGAGCAAGACUUCUGCGUUUUGCAUCGAUUCGUUGCUGGCCCAGGACAAAUUACCCAGUGCUGAUUCCGUGAUGCCGUCUCAAGCCGCCCAGGCAGCGGCGGCAGCGGCUGCGGCCCAUCAGCAACUGAUCGUCAGCAGUUACGGUGAUUCCAUCCGCUUCCGUUCGAAUCUCUUUGGCGGACUUCAUCACCAUCACUACCCGUCGUUUGAGACGUCCGUCGAGUCCAGUCACAAAGUUCUUCCGUCGAGUGAUUCCGUGGCGUCGGCCGAAGGUGAGAAGGAGACGGACGGCCGGCAGAGCAGCAGCAGCAGCGUCAACAAAGAAGACGGGCCGGCCAACGAGCGAGAAGGAGCCCAGUCCUCACUCGUCACACAGCCCGGCAGCCUUUCUUGCUGGACUCAACCGCAUUCCAUGAGUCGAAUGAUUUACGGCCCACCGACCUCCUCCUGCGCUCCGACAGUGUCCAGCAGUUUGACGACGUCGUCGUCGGCCACCACAGCGUCCAGCAGCAGUCUGACUAAUUACGCCGGGCCGUUGUUCACCAGUCCGGCGGCGGCCCUUCACGCUGCAGCAGCCGCGGCGGCCGCAGCUGUCGCCGCCUCGUCACCGGCAGCCCAUCAGUUCCAUUCGGCCCAUCUCGAGUGGCUCGCAAGGGCCGGCGUCCUCUACCACCGUUUCGGCGGAGAUCUAUCAGGUAGCGCAGCAGCGACGACGGCUGCUCUGCUGGGCAAAACACGACGGCCGAGAACGGCCUUCACGAGCCAACAAUUACUGGAACUGGAGAACCAAUUCCGGCAGAAUAAGUACCUGUCGCGACCGAAGCGAUUCGAAGUGGCCACGUCGCUGAUGCUGACCGAGACCCAAGUGAAAAUCUGGUUCCAAAACCGGCGCAUGAAAUGGAAGCGGAGUAAAAAAGCCCAGCAGGAGCUGCGGAGUUCCGGCGGCCAUCACAAGAGCGGAGAGAACAACAACAACAACAACAACAAAGCCUCGCGAUCCAGCAGCGGAGGCAUUUCGUCGUCGUCGUCGUCGUUGGUGGUGGGCGGAGGUAAAUCUUCAUCCGAGUCGCAUCAGCCGUCGACGGCCUUUUCCAGCAAAGAAAUGGACGUGAGCAGCGACGACCAGGACCUGCUGGACGAGAGCGACGAAGAGGAGGAAGAAGAAGUCAACGUGGACCAGGACGAUCACCAGACGAUGACCAUGAUCCGUCCUUCGGCGGCCGCCCUCAUCGGAAGCGAGUCCGGAAGCGGCAUGUACCGACCCUAUUACCCGUGAUGACGGCACCCAGCCACGUCUCAUAAUUAGCCAUUCACAGGCAAAUUCUCUUACAUCUUCUCUUCUUUCUAAAUGGACUGACAUGUUUUACGCAGAUUUUUAGUUGAUUGCCCGACACAAGGCGACUGUUGCCCGACCCAUUUCGGUUGUGUCCCCUCUCCCCCCCCCCCCUUUUUUUGUGUUAGUCUCUCGGAUGAUUUAAUGCGGACAAUGGAUGCGGACAGACAUCAUCGGUCAUAUAGGCCGCCGAGCGGAAAAUCUGCCCUGUCAGAAGCCAACAACAACAAGAAAAAAACCAAACCAAAAACCAAAAACCACAUCAUUGCACAGAGAAAAACUGGGCGACAUAAAAAGCCAAGCCGUUGUAAAUCGUCGACUGGAAUAUAACCGGCUUGAUGACAAACGAUUGCCGGCGCUCUGUGGCGUCUGCGUCGAGGGGCGGAUCCCACUUUGUCUUAUUGGCUCUCCUCUCCUCUCCUCUUCUUUAGUAUAUACAUAAGAGGGAAGAGUGGGGGGGGGAAAUCUUUUCUUUCUUUUAUAUUAUACAACUAUAUAACCAAUUUGGAACCAAAUAAGCUCUCUCUUUCUAUCUCUAUCUCUCUCUCUCCAUUUGAAUUUGAAUGUGCAAUUCUCAGAGUUAUUUGGGAGGGGACAACAACAACAAAAAAUUCGUUCGUGUAAUCCUUCGACAAAGGAAAAAUUUGAAAAAAUUCUCAACAGAAAAAUAAAAAAACAAAACAAAAAACAACUCGUGUGUUGUACAGAAUAUGACGAUGUGAAUUUGUUUUUUCCAUUAUUUGAAA